AUGUCAACAAUGUUUCAAGAUGCAAGCGACAAUGAACAUACAAAGAAAGAAGAGGUUCACGGCCCUCUUUCGGUAGACGAUCUCACACCUUCCAUACUUAAUCCCGAGUCGCCACUGCCGUCUCUUCAGAUUCGCACCGAUCUACCCAGUAUUCGACCAUCCAGUUCGCGAGACUCCGAUCCUUAUGCUUCGACCAGUUUGUCCGGAAGUUAUCCACACCGUACCCCGAGUCUUCGUGCCCUCAUCGCUCCACCUAUAUAUAGUGCGGGUUCCUUGUCCCCGGCGUCCAUCAUGUCCUCGCCUCAAUUGAACGCGAUGGGUGACAUAACUCCAUUGCCGUCGCCAAUUGGAGGAGCUUCGCCGUGGCGGAGACCUGAUGUGCCGUCGUUAUCUCGUUCUUCGUCGAUGGCCUCGCGCAACGGUUCCAGCCUUCGCCUCAGCGAUUCAUCACAGAUGCUCGGGCCACCCGUCAUGUCCCGUUCGCGCGCCAAACCGUACACCGGCAUUGAUGGCCAUGGGGAAGAGUCAUUCAUGAACAAUCGGAAUCGUCGCGACUCGUCCUCAAAGCAUUCUCAUUCUCGGAACCGCAGUCUGAGUGACUAUGCACCGCCCGGCCGGGUCUCUGUUCCUCCCCGUCCGAUUGCAGUACCAGGGAGUACCGGGCUUGGCAUUACCUCGUCGUCGAGCAUAGAUUCGAAGUCUAAUGGACUUCAUCGCGAGCAAUAUCUCGCUGUCCAUCGAGGUAUCGCAUUGCCGACCGUUCGUCCUCCCAGCCCGCCUCGCAGCAGUGGCAGUGGAUAUAGUGACAAUGAACCCGUCAUCCGUCACCCUACCCCUCUAUCCACGCCCCAGGAGGUAUAUUCUGUCCGGUCGGUCCGCACAGAGCAGGCCCGUAUUUACCAGAAAGUCCGGGCAUUGGGCCAGGGCACGUUCAGUCAGGUCAGUCUGGCAGCACGUGUCGAACCUAUCCCCGAGAUGCCUUUAUCGCCGGAUGGUGAUGGAGCUGGCGCAUUCCAUGGGUUUGUCAACAACCAAAAGCUGGUCGCUGUCAAAAUCAUCGAACAUGGUCCUGCUGGAGGCGCGGAUGAGGGCCGACUGGAGGUGUCACUCAAGCGUGAAGUAGAAAUCUUGAAGUCGGUCAACCAUCCGUCCCUUGUCCAACUGAAAGCGUUCGGCAGCGAUGAAAAGCGUGCUUUGUUGGUUUUGGACUAUUGUCCUGGCGGAGAUUUGUUCGAGUUUGCCACGUCAGGAGCUCCUCGUAUGUCCGCGGGGUUGAUCCGACGUAUUUUUGCCGAAUUGGUUGAUGCUGUGCGUUAUCUGCAUGCUCAUUACAUCGUUCACCGGGACAUCAAGUUAGAAAAUGUUCUGCUUACCAUGCCCGCUCAUGUUAUGGAUGACGUCCAAGACUGGCGUACCUAUGACCGCGCCGUGGUCACCCUCAGCGAUCUCGGCCUGUCAAGACGUAUCCCUGAACCGCCCGAGAGCCCACUCUUGCAGACCCGAUGUGGCAGCGAGGACUACGCAGCCCCCGAGAUUCUGAUGGGUCAGGCUUACGACGGCCGCUCCACCGACGCUUGGGCACUCGGUGUUCUACUCUAUGCUAUCAUGGAGAAUCGGUUGCCCUUCGAUGUUCUACCUGGCACUCGCGGAGAUCCUGCCAAACUUCGUGCCCGGACUCCGCAUCGUAUCGCACGUUGUGAAUGGGCUUGGUAUAGAUAUGCCGACGAGGACGAGGAAUGGGACCCCGAGAAGGGCAAAGGACUUGAAGGGGCCCGUGACUGUGUGGAAGGUCUCCUCAAGCGCAACACGAAACGCAAGACCCUCGAUGAGAUUGCUGCUAUGGAUUGGGUGCGUGAUGCUAUCGAUGUGCCUGGCGGUCUGAAACGAGGCGACAAAGAAGUGCCAUAG